AGUUAACGAAGAAUAUUUCACUAACGCCAUGUUGUGUUAAAUUUUCUGCGAUCACUUAAAGACUCAUGCUAUCUUUAGGUUAUAAAUAACAUUAACAAGAAAACCAUUUUGAUAAUGGCCUCUAAAGAUGCCGAACUCCUCGACAUGAUUGUUAAACAUGGAUUUCAUAAACAUAGCAUUAGAGUUCCAAAACAAAUUUCAGGUCAACAAGUUGCUGUUAAAGACCUCGAAUUAGAGAUUCAAAAUUGUAUUAAAGUUCCUGUUGGCCGACAGAAAAUCAUUUUCAAGGGACGGUUUCUUAAAGAGUCGGAGAAGUCUUUAGCCUCGUACGGGAUUGGGAAUGGUAGUAUAAUUAUGGUAAUAGGGGAUAAAUUUGAUCCAGAGUCUGAUGAAAAUAUGAAAAUUAUGGCGGGUAUUGAACAAAAGAUAAAGGAUAUUGAAAAGUCAUACAGCGAGAUGGAGGCAACCUUUACGCAUUUAAAAGAUGAUUUGUCAGUAUCAACUAACGCAAAAGAUUCUCAAGGUGAUAUAAAGGAUUUACAAAAGAAAACAGCUUUUAUUAUUGAAAAUCUGUCAAAACAAUUGGAAAGUUUAGAUAGUUUAGUAUUAUCUGACGAAUUAACUAUAGUCAAACAAAAGAGGAGAACUAUCGUAAAAGAAAUUCAAAGAAUAUUAAACAAAUGUGAUAGUCUGGAUGAAGAAUUUGUAAAUUUUUGCAAAUAAAUAUAAUAUCUCUUAGGAGUUCUAGGAAAAAUGAAAUUAAUAGUUUAUUAACUAUUCACAAGCUCAUGCUCUCUCUUUCUCGCUCUUUCUCUCAAACAUAUAUUUUUUUUAAAAAAUAAAGAAGUAAUAUAACAAUGUUUUUUUCUCUCUCUACACUCAAAUAGAAUUCAAAACAAAAAAGGCCCAUAAUGAAACAAAAUCUCAUUAUUUUCAAUAUAUAAAUUUUCAGACAAGUACCAUAAAAACUGCAAAUUGAUGUUCCGAUUAUAUAAUAUAAAUGCAAUUAAAAAAUAUAUUUAAGCCGCUUUCUCAGUAAGCUUUUUCAAUUAAUUAAUAUUGAUAUUCGUUCAAUGUUAAUAUUUUACUGAAAGUCAACUAAUAUUU